AUGAACAACAUGAACAACAUUAUAUCUAUUUCUCCUUAUCCGGUCCAGAAGUAUUUGGAGAUUUCCUUGGAUAUCUUGGACCGCACUCUCAAUAAAGAUGUAAAGCAAAGAAGAGCAGAUAAUCUUCUGAAUCAAGUCAGGAAGUUAGCUUUCUCUCAAUUGAAUGCUCAUGAUGCAGACAUCAUCAGAAAAGUUUUCAACAACCUUGUAAUAGCUUUGAACCAACGACAUGGCAACAAUGAGUUCAAAAAGGUUGUUGCUGAAGCUGCAGUAAGUACUGCUGUUCUUUUACCCAAAGACUAUCCAUGGUUAGUCGAAGCAUAUUUCGACAACAAUGCUAUCGAAGACAAAGCCACUCGAAUUAAAAUUUUCUAUGAUAUAACAAAUUAUUUUUUCGAAAACUCGAUCGGUGUAUGUGGUAUCACUCUUCAGAAUGUUAUUAAAAUUGUGAUGAAGUCGUUGGAAGUCAAUUUAUCAGAAUCAACUAUUCUUGUUCUGUUGGAUUUUGGAUUUUUGCUCGGAAAAAUGACUCCUAACUUCGAGAAUUAUUUUAUAGAUUUUGUUGAUUUUAUUCUCGGUUGGAUGGUGGGAUCCACAUCGCCAACCUUCAUUUCGAGCUGUUUUGAAGUUUUAAGUCAGAUGAAGAAGUUCUGGAUAGAUAACCUGCAAUAUGGAAAUGUGUUAAUGACUGGUUUAUCAGACGAUGUGUAUCGGUUUUGUUUGUGCGGGAACAAUGCUCAGGAGUCCACGUUCCCAAGAGCAAGGACGAUGGUUCUUGCUUUCUCCGGUUUUGCUCAAAUUUACAUAGAGGUUGGAGGAGUAGCUGUUAUUGAUACGAUUGUAGAGAUAGCUCGCGGGGCUGUUCAAAUUUUUGUCCAAGCCUGCCAGAUAUUAAAAGAUAGAAGAACAGAAGCAGAAGUCGCUGCCUUUAUAACCUCUUUCGCAGAUCUGUUUACCGGAUUCUGUAAAAUACAUCCUCUGGACAAGCCACCGGUGGAACAGCUAGUAAAAACUUUAAUCGAACAUAUAUUAACUCUCUUCGAAAGUUUCUCUGCACAUGUCGGCCCUCUCACUAGUCUCCUGAACAAUCUUUCCAAACUUCUCUUGAUUACUACCUUGCCUAAUCAUAUCAUUCUUCCUAUCAUCGAUAAGUUCCUGGAGAAGGAUGGUAUUUACGAAAAAAUCAUCUUCUAUGACAACCUCUCUGCAUGUAAAUCAGUUUCGUCUGUGAUCAAUUCCUGUUUAUCUCAUACCUCUCUUCCCAUUCUACAGAAGACUUAUGCUCAUUCUAGAAGGAUCAUCCAAGAUUCCGUAGCGGAGCUUGAAGAGCUUUCCAACAAAUGCUAUAAGCAGCUUUGGAAAGUGCGAACUAUUGAGCCGAAGCUGAUCACUUUAGUUCAUUCUUUCUCACAAAUCUCAGUGUCUAAGAACAACUUGAUUGUUAUGAUGGGAAUGUCACCCUCAUUACUGAAUGUUAUGCUAGAAGAUUUUCCGGCUACUUCGCAAUGGUUUGUUGACAGUCAUCCAACGCUUACUACAUCAAUUCUGAAAAUAGUAUAUCAACAUGCUUCUUCCCAUGAAUACUUUCUGGCCAGUUCUGAUUGGGUGAAAGUAGCCAAUGUCAACGCGGCCAUUAGCGAGUCUCGCACUAAAAACAACAUGGAGUUCCAAAUUCAGAAAAUGACUGAAUUAUUAUCCAUCAACAUUAAAUGGAAAUUGAUACUUGAUAUUGUUGCUGAUUGGCUUACGGGACUUUUCGAUUUGGUCGGUGGAAGCACUCUCAACCAUUGGUACUGCAGUCAACCACUGGUUAAGAAUCUAUACACUCAACUCCAAAAGAAACUCUUACUGGGAUGUGGAAACGAAAAACUGCAGACAUUAGUAAAGCGUUUUGAGCCUUUGUCCGUCGCGACGGAAUCAGAAGCCAUCGACUACGCCAUAACAACAGUACGAACGAUGCGACAACUAGAUGUGAAUGAAGGAGCCAAAAUGUGGAGUCGGCUAGAUACCAAAAAUUUCAUUAGAUGUGGAUUGAACCCGAAAGGAUGGGAUGCUUGUGAGAUGCAUCAAGUACGCCUCAACUCUUCCUGCAUAGGACCUGAUGACUUUGUUUUUCUCACGGAUUUUCUUCUCAAACGAAUCAUGUGUUCUUACAAGAAAAAUCCUCAGUGCGAUGAUAAUUGGCUGAUCGAUUCUGUGCAACAGAUUUGUGGAAAAGUUAUUGGGAAGAAUGCAGGUUUCGACGAAAGUUCAUUUGAUGAGAAAUGGAGAUGGGUUUUGGCGCAGUUAGCAUUCUUCUGUGUAGAGAAUAAGAUGAAAACACCUCUAGGAAAGCCAGUAGACACAUUCCAACAAUUCGGAGCUGAGAUUCAUCGUCUUGCCAAAGAGGCUUUGGGAGUAGUUCCAAAAGUAGCCGAGAAAGCCACUGAGAGGAGUGUGCCAAAGAAAGCACACAAAGACAAAGACGAAGAUGAAGAUGAUGACUAUGGACUUACAAGACCUCUCACCUCUUCUGAAGAAUGGUUUCGGGUUCGCUGUUUGCUAGAAUUUUUAGAUGUUUUGGAUAAAAUAAUGUUUGUUGCUCAUAGUGGUUCAUUGUACCCAAUUGCAAACAUGAGUCAGCAAGCUCGUCAAUUUUUCACAAUGAACGUCGGAAGUUGUCAAGAAUGGCUGAAUCGUGUAUAUUCUUCAGCCAUGGUUGUUGCCUAUCAUAAUGGCUACUAUGCUCAAGUUGUGAGAUUUGGUACCGCUGCCCUGUCGGAGUUUGAACGAAAACAGAAAAAAGCUGAACAAGAAGCGGAAGAGAAAAACCAAGAAUUGAAAAAAGUUGUGCCUUCGGCAGGAUACGUAGUGUUAGGUUGGCUAGCACGAGCUAUGGCUGAGUUAGGAGCCGAGCAAUCCGCUAGAGGCUUGAAGAAAUGGGCUAUGCAAGUUUACAAUGUGGAGUUAAACUGGUUAGACGGAAUAGCAGAAAUGGCUGCCGGACACUAUGAGUUAGCACUGAGUAAGUUAACGUUCUCUCUUGAACGGGACUCACUACCCGAUGUUACAAAAGUUUUGCUGCGCCAUAUCGUAUUAGACAUAUUGAGAAUCUUGCGUCUUCCGGACUUGUUAGAUCAUAGCUCUUGUCCACCAGAUAUAUCAAUCUUGUCGUUACCACCAGGUCAAAUGAACACUGAUUAUAUCCCCGAAGGGUUUGAAGCAGAUGCUUGGGAGAAAGUUAAGAACUUGUGCUCAUUUACAAUUUUGGAUAAAGUCGGCCCCGCUAGUGUCUCAUGGGAUGUGACACGUAUGGUCGAACACAAGGAGCUGACAUUGAUGCAGACAUUGAGACGGGUUGACGUGCAAGAGAUCAAAAAGGAUAUGACCAAGAUUGGGCAUCUCGUGUUCUGUUAUGAUUCGGGACAACGUCUCGCAACCAAUCUCGCAACUUUGGACAGAAUCUUCUCAGCUGUUCUUGGAAAAAUGUCUCGAGAAGUUCUUGAGACUGUUAUUGAUGACUUAUCAAUUCAAACGUUGUUCACUGAAUCCUCACUGCCUGAUUUGGGAUUGAGGUUCUCACAAUGCGUGAAACUCUUGUUCUGGGCUGAUCGCUUAGCACUACGCACUGGCUUCCCUAGAGACUUUUAUCGCGAAGCUGUUCGUUUGGCUAGAAAGUCUGGUAAUGUACUCUCAGCUAACGCUAUUCUGCACAAGUUCCGAAACUAUCCUACAACAGCUAGUAGCUCUUGCUUCAAGACUGCUAUCCAAGAGAUCAAAUUGAACUUGAUGGGUCCCAGAAGUGUUGCUGAGAAGCAAGACCAGCUGGUGAGACUGUCCAAUACUCUCAUUAUGGAGCUUCGUAUACAACAGCAGAACCGUAUGGCCUAUUAUAACUUACCAAACAAGGAACUAGACUUGGAGGACAAAAGUCUGAAUGACGUUAUUUCCUCUUCCUGUCUUCUCCUUGCCAAACUCUUGGAGGAUGAGAACGUCGGAGCGCCCGUACUCAAAAAUAAUGAAUUCAAAAGCUGCUGGGAUGAACUGAAGUUACCUUGUUUGUUCCCCGAUGCUCGACCUGAGAAUAUUGUCUACGGUUUCUUGUCGAUGGCCACUGUCAGCUCACCACGUAAUGCCAAGGCUCAUCUUCGCCUAGCUGAUUGGGUUUACAAAGUUGCGACAACACCGGAAGAAGAUAGAACACUAUUCGAUAUCAAACAAAAGUUGACUUUGGGAUGUGAGCUUUCACAAACUACCUUAGAUGGUUUAUGGAAUGCUUGCAUCAAUUCCAAUUCAACUACCAAACUGCAAAGAGAUGCUCUGGCAGCAUUGGGAGGAGAUGCAGAGGCAGCGAAUUGCCUAUUAACACCGGGGUCUCAUUAUAUGAAGUUCUACCAAGCUCGUGAUGAACGUGUAGCUAGUUUACUUCCUUACGCAAUCCGCGAAUAUUUCGAAUUCUUGCGACUUUUGGAUUAUGACAAAAACAAGUCGAUCGGAACAGUAUCGGCGGCUCUGAGAAUUCUUGGAAUGAUUGUCAGAUAUCCUAGUCUCUUGUCGCGAGAUAUCGUGGAUGGACUGUGUACUGUUUCUCCUCAUGUUUGGAAAGACAUCUUACCUCAGCUGUUCUCACGGUUAUCUCAUCCUUCUGAAAAAAUCAGACAGACUAUCGUUCUUGUCAUAUCUAAAAUUGCCUUAACCUCACCUCAUUCUGUGAUAUUCCAAAUUAUUUCUGGAGCUUCUUCUACAAUGGUUGUUGAGUCCGACGACGCAAUCGGCGCCGAAAAGGACGAAGAUGACAUAGCCACAAAAGAUCGUAGUUUAAUGUUUAGUUGUUGCGAAGAUAUUGAGAAGCAUAUAGAACCUGAGUAUCCUGGUCUAGUUAGAGAUACAAGAGAAUUCAUAUCAGAGCUUCAAAAAAUCAAUUUGUUAUACGAAGAGAGAUGGAUGUUUGUGUUAUCUCAUUUGGAUCAUGAAAUGAAUAAGCGUUUGGAUCAAAUUAGAGUUGAAAGUUUGAGAACCAUGCAAGCUGCCCAUCUAGAUGACAAAGCCAGGACAGAAAUUGUGGCAGAGAAAACAAGGCUCAUUACAACAUCUGUUUACCGAAUUCUUUGGGAUUUAUAUGAAAGAACGUGCCUUCAACCACCCAGCACUCCAAACGAGAAAGCCUUUGUCGAUUCAUACGGGGAUCAGCUGAGGAUUGCUUUUGAGAGCUCGAAAGCAAACAAGAAGAGUCCGGAAAAAGCUUGGUCACCAUUUAAACAGUUACUAACCGCUCUCGUCCAGAAGAACUCUAGAGCAGGUCAAAUCACACUACUCAUGGAAAAUAUCUCGACUUACCUCGCCAACCUAUCAUCAAGCAAUGUGCCAAUUCCUGGACAAGAAAACUUACCGUUCGAGGAUAUUGUUUACAUCAGUAAAGUUCGACCAACAGCUCAAGUUUUGGCGACCAAGACUCGUCCUAAGAAGAUGUCCUUCGUUGGAAGUGACGGGAAGAUGCACAUUUUCCUCUUCAAGGGUCAAGAAGAUCUUCAUUUGGACGAGCGUAUUAUGCAGUUACUCAAUAUUUGCAACCUAAUGUUACAUUCGUCAACGAAGAGAAGUUGGCCAGCCUACAAUGCCCGUCACUAUGCUGUAACACCCUUAGGAACAAGAUCAGGCUUGAUCCAAUGGGUCGUUGGAGCAACGCCCAUGUUCUACCUAUAUAGAAAAUGGCAAACCAGACAGGCUCAGCUCAAGGCCGACAGCAAAACUGGCGCUAAAGCUGUAGAGGCUGAGAGGCCUACUGACAUUUUCCACAAAACGCUUCGAAGAGCUUUCGCUAGCCACAAUGUGGACUCUGCCAAUGCAGCUGAUCGGUCAAAAUGGCCUCAUGACGUUCUGCGUGAAGUUCUAGAAUCCCUUUUAAAAGAAACACCUAAAGAUAUUUUGAGCAGGGAGCUAUGGCUGAAAUCUGGAGGAGGUGAUACUUGGUGGCGAGUCGUCAGUCGACUAGCAAGAUCUACUGCUGUUAUGUCCAUGAUCGGGGCUAUUCUUGGUCUAGGUGACAGGCAUUUGGAUAAUUUGCUUGUCAACCUGGAUACAGGAGAUAUCGUGCAUAUCGACUAUAACAUAUGUUUUGAUAAGGGUAAAAAUCUACGAGUACCUGAAACAGUACCGUUCAGAAUGACUCAAAACAUGGUAUCUGCUAUGGGCCCAACACAGUUAGAGGGUACUUUCCGUCUUUCUUGCUAUCAUGUUCUCUCGACUUUACGAGAUCAGAGGGAAAUAUUGCUAACAAUAUUAGAUGCGUUCGUCUACGAUCCCUUAGUCGACUGGGCUGCUAAUGAUCACUUAACAUCUACCUCAGCUACCGUCGGAGUAGCAGUUACUCUUGCUGUUUACGGCACUCAUUUGCGAGCUUCAGGAGCAAAACCUGUUGCCCGCGAAAUGUUCUCUGUGCGCGUUAGGGAACUAACAACACCAUGGAAGAAUAAUUGUAACGAACUAACAUUCGCACUCCAAAACGUGAAAAAUGUGCUCAAGAGACAGAUGGCGAACCCGAAAGAUAAUGUUUGGAUGGCCUCUAAUAUUAUUGAGCAGGACAGAGUAGAGGCUGGAAGACGGUUAAAACUGGCUAUAUCACAGCAUCAUCAGAUGAUGAAAGAUGUCAGGCCUCUUCUCAGAGCACUUGCUACGUGCGAUGAACGUUUUGCGAACUACACCAAAACGUAUAGAGCAGUUUUCAGUGAGCCUUUGGUAAAAGGACAUCUGCACCUCGAUGCACAGGCGAACGAUCUUACUGCUUGCAUCGAUCUGUUCCAAACUGUUUUGGAUAAUAUUGAGAUUGUAUACUCCGAUCUUCUCUUACUGAACAGUAAAGCAGAGAGUUCUUCUACUUCUAGUUCACCAUCGAUUCAAUCUACGUUCAAUUUACAAAACCUAUCGUUGGAUACGUUUGCUUCGAAGCAGGAACAGGAGCAAAACGCACAUGCUCGUAGUAUUGUGAAGAGGGUCCAAGCUCGCUUAGAAGGACAUAUAGAAUCGGGCUCAAAAGUUCCAUUAAUAUGUGCUGAACAAGCUGACAAUUGGAUCCGACAGGCCACUAACAAAUCGUUGUUAGCUCUAAUGUAUGAAGGGUGGACGGCAUGGGUGUGA